GUGUGGUUUCUUUGCACCAGCAUAUCAACAUCAAUCGUGAGCGUUUGGAUUGGAUGGUUAAUAAUUAAGUAUUGGUAUUACUCUCCAUCAACAAGUUUCUGGGAAAUUUCAACCUUACUUCUUCUCUCCAUUGGAUGCCUAUUCGCCAUAAAUGCCUUCAUUAUGACGAUUAUGGGAGCUGUUUUCAAUUUGACAACAAACGAGCUCGCAAAUUGGAGACGAUAUGAGUACUUUGGAAAUGCGAAAACGGGAUUUAAGAACCCCUUCAAUAAGGGUGUUUGGAGCAAUAUUGUGGAAUUCUUUUACCCACGUUACUACGAAACAGAGCGGGAGCUUUGCAGAAAACGAGGAGCUGUUGAUGGAGAAUAUCAGUUUGUUGUUUGA